AUGGCAUUCGGAAAGCUUUACGGUCAGCCUGACAACGGUCGCACCAUCUCCAUCCUGGUCGCUGCUAAGCACAACGACCUCGAUUUGGAGCUGGUCAAGACUGAGGCCAACUCUGCUGCUGAGUUCAACACCAGCGCUGAGUACACCAAGAUCAACCCCACUGGCAAGAUCCCCGCCUUCGAGGGUGCCAAUGGCUUCACUCUGUCUGAGGCUAUUGCCAUUGCCGUCUAUGUCACCUCCCAGAACGAGAAGACCACCCUCCUCGGCAAGACCAAGCAGGAUUACGCUUCCAUCCUCCGCUGGUUGUCCUUCGUCAACGCCGAGGUUCUGCCCAAGUUCGGUGCCUGGUACCGCCCUCUGAUGGGUUUCGAGCCUUACAACAAGAAGACCACCGAUGAGGCUGCCAAGUCUGCCCUCAAGGUCAUCUCUACCCUCGAGACUCACCUCACUGCCAACACUUUCCUUGUUGGUGAGCGUAUCACCCUGGCCGAUAUCUUCGCUGCCUCUCUCCUUACCCGUGCUUUCGCCACUGUCCUUGACAAGACCUGGCGCGAGGCCAACCCCGCCACCACCCGGUGGUACAACACUAUUAUCAACCAGGAGGCCUUCAAGGCUGUCGUCCCCGCCCCCCAGUUCGCUGAGGAGGUGAUUAAGUACGUCGCCCCCAAGAAGGAGCCCAAGCCCAAGGCUGCCGCUCCUGCUGCUGCCCCCGCUGCCGCCGCCACUGAGGAUGCCCCCGCUGAGGCCCCCAAGGCCAAGCACCCCCUCGAGGCUCUCGGCAAGCCCACUCUCAUCCUUGAUGACUGGAAGCGCAAGUUCUCCAACGAGGACCCCCGCACCGUUGCCAUGCCCUGGUUCUGGGAGCACUUCAAGCCCGAUGAGUACUCUCUCUGGAAGGUUAACUACAAGUACAACAACGAGCUCAAGCUCACCUUCAUGGCCAACAACUUGAUUGGUGGUUUCCAGACCCGUCUUGAGGCUUCCCGCAAGUACCUCUUCGGUGCCCAGUCCGUCUACGGCGAGAACUACGACUGCGUCGUCUACGGUGCCUACAUGACCCGUGGCCAGGAGUGGGAGCCCGCUUUCACUGUCGGCCCCGACUUCGAGGGUUACGAGUUCACCAAGCUCGACCCCUCCAACGAGGCUGACCGCAAGCUCGUUGAGGACAUGUGGUCCCAGGACGUUCCCGUCACCGUUGACGGCAAGGUCAAGGAGUGGGCCGAUGGCCACGUCUUCAAAUAA